CUUUGUAACCUCUUUCCCCAUUCCCUAGAACCUGACGUGGUGGUAAGAAGGCAGGAAGCUUUGGCAGCAGCUCGCCUCAGGAUGCAAGAGGAGCUGAAUGCACAAGCAGAGAGAUACAAAGAAAAGCAAAGACAGCUUGAAGAAGAGAAGCGAAGGCAGAAGAUCGCCAUGUGGGAGAGUAUGCAAGAAGGAAAAAGCUACAAAGGAAACCUGAAGCUGAAUCAGCAAGAAGUAGAAUCUGGUGCCUCCACCUCAUCAGCAGUCCCAAAAUCUAAACCAAACAAAAAGCCCUUACGAGGAGGUGGCUACAACCCUCUGUCUGGAGAAGGAGGUGGGACGUGCUCCUGGCGGCCAGGCCGGCGAGGCCCCUCGGCGGGAGGAUGA